GCGUCUGCGUACCCGUCGCGUUGCAGGAUGGCUGCCCAAGUGACGCUGGAGGAUGCACUGUCCAACGUGGACCUCCUGGAGGAGCUGCCGCUGCCCGACCAGCAGCCCUGCAUCGAGCCUCCGCCAUCCUCGCUGCUCUACCAGCCAAACUUCAACACCAACUUCGAAGACAGAAAUGCGUUUGUCACUGGCAUUGCAAGAUACAUUGAACAAGCAACCGUCCACUCCAGCAUGAACGAGAUGCUGGAGGAAGGCCAGGAGUACGCUGUCAUGCUGUACACCUGGAGGAGCUGCUCCCGGGCCAUCCCUCAGGUGAAGUGCAACGAGCAGCCUAACAGAGUUGAAAUUUAUGAGAAGACUGUGGAAGUCCUUGAACCGGAGGUCACAAAACUGAUGAAUUUUAUGUACUUUCAGAGAAAUGCCAUCGAGCGUUUCUGUGGGGAAGUGAGACGCUUGUGUCACGCCGAGAGGAGAAAGGAUUUUGUGUCUGAGGCCUACUUGAUCACACUGGGCAAGUUUAUCAACAUGUUCGCCGUGCUGGAUGAGCUCAAGAACAUGAAGUGCAGUGUGAAGAAUGACCACUCGGCCUAUAAGAGGGCUGCUCAGUUUUUACGUAAAAUGGCAGAUCCACAGUCCAUCCAGGAGUCACAGAAUCUGUCCAUGUUCUUGGCCAACCACAACAAGAUCACACAGUCUCUGCAGCAGCAGCUUGAGGUCAUCUCUGGCUACGAAGAACUCCUGGCAGACAUCGUGAAUCUGUGUGUGGAUUACUAUGAGAACAGAAUGUACUUGACGCCCAGUGAAAAACACAUGCUACUCAAAGUCAUGGGAUUUGGUCUGUACCUGAUGGAUGGGAGCGUCAGUAACAUCUACAAACUCGAUGCCAAGAAAAGAAUCAAUUUAUCCAAAAUAGACAAGUACUUCAAGCAGCUGCAGGUGGUCCCACUUUUUGGAGAUAUGCAAAUAGAACUGGCCAGAUACAUCAAGACCAGCGCUCACUACGAGGAGAAUAAGUCCCGGUGGACCUGCACGUCCUCAAGCAGCAGCCCCCAGUACAACAUCUGUGAGCAGAUGAUCCAGAUCCGCGAAGACCACAUGCGUUUCAUCUCGGAGCUGGCUCGCUACAGCAAUAGCGAGGUGGUCACGGGGUCUGGCCGGCAGGAGGCCCAGAAGACAGAUGCGGAGUACCGGAAGCUCUUCGACCUGGCUCUGCAGGGCCUGCAGCUUCUGUCGCAGUGGAGUGCGCAUGUGAUGGAAGUGUAUUCCUGGAAGCUUGUGCAUCCCACUGACAAGUACUCCAAUAAGGACUGCCCCGACAAUGCCGAGGAGUACGAGCGGGCCACGCGCUACAACUACACCACCGAGGAGAAGUUUGCCCUGGUGGAGGUGAUCGCGAUGAUCAAAGGCCUGCAGGUGCUGAUGGGCAGGAUGGAGAGUGUGUUCAAUCAUGCCAUCAGGCACACGGUUUAUGCUGCACUGCAGGACUUCUCCCAGGUGACCCUCAGGGAACCACUGCGGCAGGCCAUCAAGAAGAAAAAGAACGUCAUCCAGAGUGUUCUGCAGGCCAUCAGGAAGACUGUGUGUGACUGGGAGACGGGGCACGAACCCUUCAACGACCCAGCUCUGCGAGGCGAGAAGGACCCCAAGAGUGGUUUUGACAUCAAGGUGCCACGCCGUGCUGUGGGACCCUCCAGCACACAGCUUUACAUGGUGAGGACUAUGUUAGAGUCCCUCAUUGCAGACAAAAGUGGCUCCAAGAAAACCUUGAGAAGUAGCCUUGAGGGGCCCACCAUAUUGGACAUAGAAAAAUUUCAUCGAGAGUCUUUCUUCUACACUCACUUGAUAAAUUUCAGUGAAACCCUGCAGCAGUGCUGUGACCUCUCGCAGCUGUGGUUCCGAGAGUUCUUCCUGGAGCUGACCAUGGGCAGGAGGAUCCAGUUCCCCAUCGAGAUGUCUAUGCCCUGGAUUCUGACUGACCACAUCCUGGAGACCAAGGAGGCAUCGAUGAUGGAGUAUGUCCUCUACUCCCUCGAUCUCUACAACGACAGCGCUCACUAUGCGCUGACCAGGUUCAACAAGCAGUUCCUCUACGACGAAAUCGAGGCAGAGGUGAAUCUGUGUUUUGACCAAUUUGUUUACAAGCUGGCAGACCAGAUAUUUGCAUAUUACAAGGUUAUGGCAGGAAGCUUGCUCCUUGACAAACGGUUACGAUCAGAAUGCAAGAAUCAGGGAGCCACGAUCCACCUGCCCCCAUCGAACCGCUAUGAGACGUUGUUGAAGCAGAGGCACGUGCAGCUGCUUGGGAGAUCCAUUGACCUCAAUCGCCUGAUUACACAGCGUGUCUCAGCAGCCAUGUACAAGUCUCUAGAGCUGGCCAUUGGGCGAUUCGAAAGUGAAGAUUUGACAUCAGUAGUCGAGCUAGAUGGCCUCUUGGAAAUCAAUCGUAUGACGCACAAGCUGAUGAGCAAGUACCUCACGCUAGACAGCUUCGACGCCAUGUUCCGGGAAGCCAACCACAAUGUGUCUGCGCCUUACGGGAGAAUUACCCUCCAUGUCUUCUGGGAGCUAAACUAUGACUUCUUGCCCAACUACUGUUACAAUGGCUCCACCAACCGGUUUGUUCGGACAGUAUUACCAUUUUCUCAGGAAUUUCAGAGAGACAAACAGCCUAAUGCACAGCCCCAGUAUUUGCAUGGAUCCAAGGCUUUGAACCUGGCCUACUCCAGCAUUUACGGCAGCUACCGGAACUUUGUGGGGCCUCCACACUUCCAGGUCAUCUGCCGGCUGCUUGGCUACCAGGGCAUUGCAGUGGUCAUGGAAGAGCUGCUGAAGGUUGUCAAGAGCCUGCUGCAAGGCACAAUCCUGCAGUAUGUGAAAACCCUGAUGGAAGUCAUGCCCAAGAUCUGCCGCCUUCCCCGACAUGAGUACGGCUCUCCUGGCAUCCUAGAGUUCUUCCACCACCAGCUGAAGGACAUUGUGGAGUAUGCAGAGCUGAAAACCGUGUGCUUCCAGAACCUUCGGGAGGUGGGCAAUGCUGUCCUCUUCUGCCUGCUCAUCGAGCAGAGCCUGUCUUUAGAAGAAGUCUGUGACCUGUUGCAUGCAGCCCCUUUCCAGAAUAUACUGCCUCGAGUCCACGUGAAAGAGGGGGAGAGAGUUGACGCCAAAAUGAAGAGACUAGAAUCCAAGUAUGCCCCGCUGCAUCUGGUCCCACUGAUUGAAAGGCUGGGGACCCCACAGCAAAUUGCAAUUGCAAGAGAAGGGGACUUGCUGACCAAGGAGCGGCUUUGCUGUGGGCUCUCCAUGUUUGAGGUCAUCCUGACACGGAUCCGGACCUUUCUGGACGAUCCCAUCUGGCGGGGGCCCCUGCCCAGCAAUGGGGUCAUGCAUGUGGAUGAGUGUGUGGAGUUUCACAGGCUGUGGAGUGCCAUGCAGUUUGUGUACUGCAUUCCUGUAGGGACACACGAGUUUACAGUGGAGCAGUGUUUUGGCGAUGGGCUGCACUGGGCUGGCUGUAUGAUCAUUGUCCUCCUUGGACAGCAGCGGCGCUUUGCUGUGCUGGAUUUCUGCUACCAUCUUCUCAAGGUUCAGAAACAUGACGGCAAAGAUGAGAUUAUCAAAAAUGUGCCACUGAAGAAGAUGGUGGAGAGGAUCCGCAAGUUCCAGAUUCUCAAUGAUGAGAUCAUCACUGUCCUGGACAAGUACUUGAAAUCUGGCGACGGGGAGAGCACUCCUGUGGAGCACGUGCGAUGCUUCCAGCCACCCAUCCACCAGUCCUUAGCCAGCAGCUGAGGGCUAAGCUCACAGCAUCCAGUAACGGAUGGCAUGCUUGUCUUUAUGUAAACUAUAUUCAAAUUUUUAGGGGCUAUUUUGUCUGAACCUACUUAAGGGGGUGCUUUUUUGAUCCAAAAGCUUAACUUUAUAAAACUUACUUAUUUUUCUAGACUAAAAUUGUAUAUGUGUUUGGAAUUGGGAAGUAUGAGAACAUGGUUGCCGGCUGUUGCCAUAUUAUGGUAUAUUUUAUGUUGAAUGUUCCAUUAGCUAGCUAUAAUACUGAAUUCACUCAAUAUCAACUAAUUAUAUUUUCAAAAUUCCCCACCAAUUUUGGUUAAACGUUAAUGACUAGAUUUAUUUAGGGAUUUUUAUGAUGGUCUUUUAGGAAAUCUUUUCUAAGUCAUUGUUCCCUUUUAUGCCAAAAUAGUGAAAUUGUUUCCUCCGCUUCCACAAAAUCAAUAGUGGCAGUCUGAUUUGUGAGAUAUGAUUUAAAGACUAAAGAAAUAAAAAUUGAUGCAAUCUG